AGCGCUUGCUGUAGUUCGGGGCUGGACCCCGGAGUCGGGUCCCGCACCAUGUUCGCUGGGCUGCAGGAGCUCGGGGUGGCUAAUGGGGAGGACUUAAAGGAGACGCUGACCAACUGCACAGAGCCGCUCAAGGCCAUCGAGCAGUUCCAGACAGAAAAUGGCAUCCUGCUGCCCUCUCUCCAGUCUGCUCUGCCAUUCCUGGACCUCCAUGGCACACCCCGGCUGGAGUUCCACCAGUCUGUGUUUGAUGAGCUGCGAGAGAAGUUGCUGGAAAGAGUCUCUGCUAUUGCCUCCGAAGGAAAGGCUGAAGAAAGGUACAAAAAGCUGGAAGAUCUCCUGGAGAAGAGCUUCCCCUUGGUCAAGAUGCCAUCCAUACAGCCCGUGGUGAUGUGCGUCAUGAAACAUCUGCCCAAGGUUCCUGAGAAGAAGCUGAAGCUUGUGAUGGCGGACAAGGAUCUGUACAAAGCGUGCGCCAUGGAAGUGAAGCGCCAGAUCUGGCAGGAUAACCAGGCCCUGUUUGGCGAUGAGGUGUCCCCCUUACUGAAGCAGUACAUCCUGGAGAAGGAGAACACUUUGUUCAGCAGCGACCUCUCUGUCCUGCACAACUUCUUCAGCCCGUCCCCCAAAAUGAGGCGCCAGGGAGAGGUGGUUCAGAAGCUCACGCAGAUGAUUGGGAAGAAUGUGAAGCUCUACGACAUGGUCCUGCAGUUCCUGAGGACCUUGUUCCUCCGCACACGGAAUGUCCAUUACUGCACAUUGCGGGCCGAGCUCUUGAUGUCGCUGCACGACUUGGACAUCAGUGAGAUCUGUACAGUGGACCCCUGCCACAAGUUUACCUGGUGCUUGGAUGCCUGCAUUCGAGAGAAGUUUGUAGACAACAAGCGUGCUCGAGAGCUUCAGGGGUUCCUAGAUGGAGUGAAGAAAGGACAAGAACAAGUCCUCGGGGAUCUAUCCAUGAUCUUGUGUGACCCGUUCGCCAUCAACACCUUAGCGCUGAGCACCAUCCGUCACUUGCAAGAGCUGAUUGGGCAGGACUUAUUACCCCGGGAAAGCCCCGACCUUCUGCUUCUGUUGAGAAUGCUGUCGCUGGGGCAGGGAGCUUGGGACAUGAUCGACAGCCAGAUCUUCAAGGAACCAAAAAUGGAAGUCGACCUGAUCACCAAAUUCUUGCCAACUCUCAUGUCUUUUGGGGUGGAUGACUACACGUUCACCGUUGAUCAGAAGCUGCCGUCAGAGGACAAGGGCCCCCCGCCAUACCCCAGUGCCAUCCCGGAAAUGUUUCCAAACAUAACUAAGCAGAGGAAUAAGAAUGCUCUUCUCCGGUUGCUCCCAUCACUAGCAGAGACCUUCAACGACCUGGCCUUCAGCGACAUUUUCCUGCACCUGUUCACCGGCAACCUCACCCUCCUUGCUGACGAAUUUGCGCAAGAAGAGUUCUGUACCAGUCUCUUUGACAACUUCUUCCUUGCUGCCUGCACAAGGAAAGAGAACGUACAGAAGCACGUGCUGCGGCUGCUGCUUCACCUGCAUCACAAAGUAGCUCCUGCCCAGUUGGAGACCUUGCAGAAGUCGUUGGAGCCCACCAAACAGAGUGGCGAAGCUGUGAAGGAGCUGCACAGCCAGCUCAGCGAGAAACUGGAACUCCGCAAGCCCAGCCCAGCCCAGGUGGCUGACGCCCCGUCCAUGGACUUGCCUCUACCGACAGUCCCCACCCCAGCUCCCCUCUAGGCAGUGCCUUCCCUGGUCCUGCAGACGGAAGAGCCAAGGGUGAUGAGCCCACAUCUGGUUUGAGGUUCAGCAUGAAUCUGUCAGCUGUCUCUCGGAAGGACUCUGCCUGGCCCGGGCGGCUUAAUCUCAGUUCUUGUAUCUCCCAAGAAGACAGCUCUGCUGUGAAGGAUGCUUUCAUGGGAGCAGUUCAGUGUGUCUCUUUUUUAAGGAUUAGAAGGCCUUAAAACCAGAUACAAUUUCCUUUUUUUAACAAAAGAAUAAAGGUAAUUUAAUGAAUGGGAAUGAUUUGUGAAACUUGUUUUCCUUUGACUAGG